AGAGAGAGAGACUCAUCGUGCACUCCACACGCUAGUAAGAUCGGUGCUGCACGCACGCACGCACAGUGCGCUUUAUAACUGGGAAGUUUCAAAUAAAGACGCUUUAUUAACUCAUAAGCUUAAUGUCGGCUCUGCUGAAGAUUUCCACACCGAUGCUAUGGUUACCUUUAUUACGAUCUUACAGGUGAAUCUAGUAAUGUCCAUCCUGCUGUACGUGAUGUUCCUCGCGUACCUCUAUGGUAUCCAGGCAACAUCCAUGGACAGGCAGCCGCCCACGCAGGACCCCAUCAACUCCCUCAUCAUCAAGCUGCUGCAGGCGGACAUCAGCCGGAGCCGACCCAAGCAGGAGAAGGGGCAGUCCUCGGAGCGGCCUGCCCAGCACGUGCCACCUCCCCCGGGCGUGGGUCCGGAAACGGCCCCUAAUGACUCCCAGGACGUCUCACCGCGCCGGAGUUCGGUGUACCAUCCGGUGGCGGACAUCUCCCUGGAGCUCCUGCAGCAGCACAAGCGAUACAACUCACCGCGGGUGUUGCUAAGCGACCGGCCACCAAUGCAGCCGCCGCCACUGUACCUCAUGGACGACUUCGUCAGCUCGUCAGACGGUGGCGCCGGCGGCAACAAGACGCGGAAGAAGCGCUACGCUGAGCACAAGAGCUACCGCGGCGAGUACUCGGUCUGCGACAGCGAGAGCAAGUGGAUUGAGGACAAGAGCAACGCCGUGGACAUCCACGGCAGUCACGUGACCGUGCUGGGGGUCAUCCCCAGCGUGCCCCGCGUUGGGGGGAAUCCCCGGCCAGACGUCAAGCAGUACUUUUACGAGACCAAGUGUCGUACCUCCAAGUCCUUAAAGAGCGGCUGCCGGGGGAUCGACGACAAGCACUGGAACUCGCAAUGCAAAACCACGCAGACGUACGUGCGCGCGCUCACCCAGGACAAGGCCUCCCACGCCAAAAUGUCUGUGGGCUGGCGCUGGAUACGGAUAGACACCUCGUGCGUGUGCGCACUCUCACGGAAACGCCGCAGGACGUAGAAAAAACAAUAUAUAUAUAUAUAAAACAGAGCACACACGCAAACAUACACACACAGACACACACACAUACACAGGACAAAUCACUCAACCAUACGGCCACUCUGGGUUCUGAAGUGAUUAUGCUUUCCAGUGUUGGGGAAAGUGAGGGAGGGUUGGAGACGCUGUAAAUAUAUAAAUAUAAAUUAUUAUUUAAGUUAUAUGAAAAUGCAUGUAGUUUAUACAUGUCUAUAUAUUAUGUAUAAGUUUGUUUGUGUUAUUUAUUGAAGUCUUCAGCAAAGGACAAUCUUAACAAAAGAAAAGAUACUCACGAGACACGGUCCGACUAUGUGCCUUGCUCAAACACAAGAACUACAAACAGCAUUGUCAGACAAAUAACCUGGACAUUGGGAUCAGUUGCAAUGGAGGUCUUAUGAAUCAAAGCUAGAUUUACAGCAGUAUUGUAACCUACAAACACUCUGUGGUAAUAUAACUGUAGCAUCAAGAUAUUGUUAUCUUCCACCUCCCCCCCCCCCCCCCACACACUCCUGUUUUUUAACAAA